AUGACCCACCUGAUUCGGUGUCCAGCUCUAAAGACAACGCAGACCCACCUGAUUCGGUGUCCAGCUCUAAAGACAAGGACAUGGAGUCUGAUUGUGAAACCUACAGGAGGAAAUGGAGAAGACCCAUCUGAUUCUCUACAGGAGAAAAUGGAGAAGACCCACCUGAUUCGGUGUUCAGACGGAGAAGACCCACCUGAUUCGGUGUCCAGCCCUAGAGACAAGAAGAAGACCCACCUGAAUCGGUGUCCAGCCCUAAAGGCAAGGACGGAAAGCCAGAGAUACUGGGGAGAAAGAAGACAGCUAAUGAAUUGUUAUUAA